UUGCCUGCCUGUCAGAAAGGUGCUCCAGUGUUGGAGGCUAGGCUACCCUCCUCCCGGACCCCGUACGAGAGCCAGCCGCCGUCGUACCCCAAGGCUUGGGCUCCCCACUCACGGCUCCGACCAUGGCAACCACCGCUACUUCCACCAGGUUUACCGACGAGUACCAGCUGUACGAGGAGCUCGGGAAGGGAGCUUUUUCAGUGGUGCGUAGGUGUGUAAAGAAGUCAUCAGGACAGGAAUAUGCUGCAAAAAUCAUCAACACUAAGAAGCUGUCUGCAAGAGACCAUCAGAAGCUUGAGAGAGAGGCUCGUAUCUGUCGUCUCCUGAAGCACCCCAACAUCGUGAGACUCCAUGACAGCAUUUCAGAGGAAGGCUUUCAUUACCUAGUCUUUGACCUGGUGACAGGAGGAGAGCUUUUUGAAGACAUUGUAGCCAGGGAGUACUACAGUGAGGCAGAUGCCAGUCAUUGCAUUAGUCAGAUCUUGGAGAGUGUCAAUCAUAUCCACCAGCAUGAUAUUGUGCACAGAGACCUCAAGCCUGAGAACCUGUUGUUGGCCAGUAAGAUGAAGGGAGCUGCAGUGAAGCUGGCAGACUUUGGCCUUGCUAUUGAAGUGCAGGGAGACCAGCAGGCUUGGUUUGGGUUUGCGGGCACCCCUGGUUAUCUCUCGCCUGAAGUCCUGAGGAAGGACCCCUAUGGCAAGCCUGUGGACAUAUGGGCUUGUGGUGUUAUUCUCUAUAUCUUGUUAGUGGGAUAUCCUCCAUUCUGGGAUGAAGAUCAGCACAAACUCUAUCAGCAGAUCAAAGCUGGGGCAUAUGAUUUCCCCUCCCCAGAGUGGGACACAGUGACUCCAGAGGCAAAGAACCUGAUCAACCAGAUGUUAACCAUCAACCCAGCCAAGAGAAUCACUGCCGAACAGGCCCUCAAACACCCAUGGGUCUGCCACCGUUCUACAGUGGCAUCCAUGAUGCACAGACAGGAAACUGUCGAGUGUCUCCGCAAGUUCAAUGCUCGCCGAAAACUCAAGGGAGCCAUUCUCACCACCAUGCUGGUGUCCAGAAACUUCUCAGUGGGCCGGCAGCAUACCAACUCUGCUGCUGCCGCCUCCUCCACGGCCUCACUGGCUCAGGAAGCAUGCAAAAGUUUACUCAACAAGAAGUCAGAUUCUGCUAAGCCUUCUACCAACAACAGUAAGAACAGUAUAGUGAGCGCCAUCAAUGCCCUGAAAGACACCAACAUGGCAACCAACGCCCAGAUGGAAUCGCAGAGCACAGUGGUGCACAACCCUCCCGAUGGAGUCAAGGGAUCAACAGAGAGCAACGCCACCAACGAUGAGGAGGAAAUGAAAGGUAGGAAAGCGGACAGUUCGGCGCUGAGUCAGAGCAGCGCCACAGAGGAGAUGCCCCCACUUCUGCCCUCACCUCAAAGCUCACCUGCCAUACCACCGCAUGACGUAAAGCGCAUGGCAUGGAACAGCACAGGCAACAGCUCCUGCCCCGAGUCUGAGCUCUCGCAGUCCUCCAUGCCUGCCGCUCCACUAGGGAGCAACACUGUCGCUGCUAAAAGCAACACUAAGCAGACCCGUAAACAGGAGAUCAUCAAGAUAACGGAGCAGCUGAUUGAAGCGAUCAACAAUGGAGAUUUUGAUGCCUACACGAGGAUUUGUGAUCCUGGACUCACCUCUUUUGAACCCGAGGCCCUGGGGAACCUGGUGGAGGGCAUGGACUUUCACAAGUUCUACUUUGAAAACUUGCUGAGCAAGAACAGCAAGCCCGUGCACACCACCCUGCUCAACCCACACGUGCACCUGAUCGGUGAGGAUGCGGCGUGCAUCGCCUACAUCCGGCUCACACAGUUUGUGGACUCCACGGGCCUCCCUCGUUCCAGCCAAUCAGAGGAGACCAGGGUGUGGCAUCGUCGCGAUGGCAAGUGGCUCAAUGUUCACUUCCACUGCUCAGGAGCGCCUGCUGCACCACUACAGUGAUCAGUGGUCCUGAGCCUCCAGUCUACUGGAGUGUGUGUUUUGGGGGGCAGUUUUUUUCAGCGAGCGUGUUUAAGAGGCACGUCCUCUGCGUGGAUUGGCUAGUGCCAGGAGCCCGGCCGGGCGAGAUCGCAUCCCUCUCCACGAUACCAACCAAUCCUGUCCCUCCUUUGACCUGCUGGGGGCCGGCUGAACACAAGACACCGCCCCCAUGGGAUGAUGCAUGCAUCUGGCGCCUGAUUGGAGGGCGCGUCUUUGCCCUCUAUCCCUCCCCUGGCAGCCAUCUUUUUUCUGCCCGCGCGAGAUGAGACGUCCUGGGGGAGGAGAGGAUUUACAGUUGAACUUGUGACAGUUUAUGAGUAUGAGUUAUGAAUAUACUGUGUAAAUUAUGACUAGAUGUACCAGAAACCACCAAAACCCAACCAAGCAUUUAUAUUCACUAUCUUAUAAGGGAGGAACAGAGAGGAGUGUGAAGUUAGCAGCUGAGAUUUUGGACACAUUUUUGGCAUUCUAGGGGUUACCGGGUAGAAAGUGUUGUGCUCUUUACCCGGGCGUUGAUGUAAACACAUAGGGAGAUUUUCCCCAACUGAAUUAAAGAGGGAAAAAAAUCAAGUGGGCUCAGUCAGAGAACUUGAUGAUGAGAGAAACUUGAUAUCAAAAACAUGAAGCACCAAAGUGUAGAACUUUAGGCUUUUUAUGUGUUUAUGUGUUUUCGUUUGUGUGCUUGUUUUCCAACAGAACGGAAAAUUGUAUUGUCGUGGGA